UCAGACACCUAGGUAGCUUUUUAGCAAACAUAGCUACAACAUUCACACUCUUUACACUGUUUUUGGUGUAUAUUAGUCGCUGUGUAUUAAACACACUUCUGUCGUAUGCACUUUUUGGCCCAUUUCAUUAUAUAUUUACGUUGUUUGUCAGCUAGCUGGUUUGCUAAAUUAGCUUAGAACUAGGAUAGUCGCUAAUGAUAGCUAGCUAACAUCCCCGACCAUGAGUUCACUAAGCUUCUGUCCUGAUAAAGAAGAGGAGGUCUGCUGGACGGAGGAAGAAGCUCUCGUCAAAGAGGAGGAGGAAGAGGAGGCUGUUACAAUACAAAAACAAGUAGAGGGUGAGGCUGUUACAGUGAAAGAAGAAGAGAAAGACGUUUCAGUGAAAGAAGAAGACUCGUUCAGAGUGAAAGAGGAGGAGGAUGUUACAGUAAAAGAAGAGGAUGCAGUUUUUGUAGUGAAAGAGGAGGGGAAGAUGACUGUCACAUUGAAGGAAGAAGAGGAAGUUGAAGAUGAGUUUAACACCAGAGAGAGAAGUGACUAUCGAGGAUCUUCUGGGGAGCCUCAACAACCUCAUGAUGCUGACGAGGCAAAGAAAAGUCUCUCCAGAUCAAAACACCUCAAGAAACACCAGCAGAGACCCACAAGGAAGAAAACUCAUCGCUGCUCUGACUGUGGGGAGAGUUUUGUUUCUUCAGGACAUUUAAAAUCACACCAGAGAACACACAUGGGAGUAAAACCUUAUAGCUGUGCUCAAUGUGGGAAGAGAUGCACUCAGUCAACAGACCUUAAAAAACAUGAGAGAAUACAUACAGGAGAGAAACCUUAUAGCUGCUCUGACUGUGGAAAGAGUUUUGUUUUUUCAGGGCAGUUAAAAUCGCACCAGAGAACACACACUGGAGAGAAACCUUAUAGCUGUGCUCAAUGUGGGAAAAGAUUCACUCAGUCAACAGACCUUAAAAAACAUGAGAGAAUACAUACAGGAGAGAAAUCUUAUAGCUGCUCUGACUGUGGACAGAGUUUUGCUUAUUCAGGACAGUUAAGAUUACACCAGAGAGCACACACGGGAGAGAAUCCUUAUAGGUGCGCUCAAUGUGGAAGGAGUUUUACUCAGUCAAGCAGCUUGAUAGUACACCAGAGAACACACACCGGGGAGAAACCUCAUAGCUGUGAUCAAUGUGGGAAGCGUUUUGUUACAUCUAGCACUCUGACUACACACCAGAGAACACACACGGGAGAGAAACCUUAUAGCUGUAAUCAAUGUGGGAAGAGUUUUUCUCAGCCAAACGGCCUGAUAGUUCACCAACGAGUACACACAGGAGAGAAACCUCAUAGCUGUGAUCAAUGUGACAAGAGAUACUCUGAUAAAAGAUCUCUGAUCAAACAUGGGAAAAUACAUACAUGAAGGAGUUGUUUCAUGAUAUCAAUGAAUUAAUGUCACAUAUGUAGAAUGUAAAUUUAAAUGCAUCACUCCCAGAUGUAGCUGACUGUCUUCUGCAGGUUGUCCUCUAAUCAGUGAGGUAGAAUAUAUCUCUCAUUUCCAUGUUUUUUAAAAGUUGUGUUAGUUUCAAUAGCACAUACAACCGGAUUUCCCCCCUAAUUGAUAUCAGUGAUUUAUUGUGACUUAUGCAGCCAACUGACAAUUUUUUGGUACAAUUAUAUUAACAUUGUUGCCCUGACUUUAGAAUAUCAGGUUCAUGUAUCAGGUUCAUUCUUAGACGUGCCAACCCAAAUGUACAAGAGCAUGACAUUGGGGACUGGGCCCCGAUCCAACAACAUGUCUAUCGAGUGAACCCUGAAAAGAGAGAGAAGCUCUGCAGUUAGGUGGAAAGUUACUGCGGAUAUUGCAGGAGUUUCCUCUUGAAAUCAUACAUGUUCGUGGUAAGGACAACUCGAUUGCUGAUCGUCUCAAGGGUGGGCAGUCAAAAAUAUUUGUAUUUUAUGUUCCAAGGGGACAAGAUUUCUGGAAGCUAGUGGUGAAAAAAUUAUAGUUUUUUCUUGUUUUUAAUUGUUGGCAGCCAGUAGACACCAUGUUUAUAUUGAUGAAGCAUUGUUGUUGAUUUGUGAAAUGGAAGUUGUUUUCUGUUGGUGGUGAGCAAACUUGUCCAACAGAAAUAUAGGAUAUAUUUGUUCUCUUAAAUUGUUCUCUUUUUCCAUUUAUGUUUUGAGGUUGGACGUCAGUACGUAGGAAUGGGGGAUACAUAGUCUGUUGUACAACUGAAAUGUGUCUUCGGUGCACUGAUUGGUGUCACCUUGUUAGUCAGUAUUACCUUGUUAGUCAGUGUUACACCUGUGCUGGCUUGUCCACCUCUUUAGUGGGAAGGUGUUUCACCUGAGCUGGUCCAGGUUCUAUUUAAGAGUGUCUGGCCCAGUGCUCCAGUUGUCUUGAUAGAUGUGGAGAGUCAACACCUUUAGUUGCUCCACCUUUUUCUAUUAAAGAUGUUUUUAAUUUCAGGUUGAAGCUUCUUUCUGAAGAGAGCUUAUUUUUUUUAAAUGAAUCAAUACAAGCAAACAAGAUCGUUUCCGGGGAUUGGUAUGGCAAAUACCUUACGAUUUGCCUGGACUGAAAAGGAGAUGGAGCCGUGGAGUAGAGACAUUUGGAAGGACCAUUUUGAUGGGAUGCCUCAGGAUAGAGGUGAAGGAAGUGCUCUGCCUUCAAGGGAACCCGAAUGAGAAGGCUUUCGAUGUGACGUUUCACAAAGAAGAAAAACAUGACGAAGUAAUGAAGAUGGCAAAGGAAGCGGAGAAAACGGGACCCCUGUGCCAUUAUGCGGUGACCAGCCUGGCGAAGAACAACGUCAGGGUGGUCACCGUAACCAUGUACAAUCCGCAUGUGAAAGAUGAAGAGGUGAGGGCCUUUCUGGGGAGGUACAUGGACAAUGUCUCCUCAGCGAGGUACCUCAGGGACUCUCUGGGUUUCUGGAACGGAAAGAGAGGUUUCCAGGCGUUACUCAGGGAGUCCCCGAAGAGUGUGGAUGGCUACCUCCAUCCUCCGGCGAUGUUCUCCCUGGGGGCUGACAGGGGAACACUAUACUAUGCACGUCAGCCCCCGUUCUGCAGGCGUUGUAUGGCCUAUGGCCAUAUCCUGGACUCGUGCAGCGCCAAGAGGUGUCGAUUUUGUGGGUCGGAAGAGCACGAGGCCAAAGAAUGUGACGAGCCCAAGGCUUGCCACGGGUGUGGCUCAAGAGCACACCUGUGGCGUGAAUUCCCGGCUCGUCACAGGUCAUAUGCGUCUGC